CUUAUCAACUAAAUUGAUAGAAUCUUGAAAUGUUUUUUGGAAGAUUAAAUGAUUCCAAAUAAUAUUGAAACAUUUAUAUUCAGAAAUCAAAGCGCAGCAUUCAAAAAACCUUGAAUUUAACAGAGAUUCAUGAUCUUGAAGUCCACAUGAAAGCAUUAAAGUUUACACUUUACAAGAAAGUUCUGUGCAUGCGCAGAAUUUUCUCAAGAGAACAUUUUGCAUUUACAAGUUAUAUACAUUGUUUUGAUUUGAGGUUAUGUUAGGAUGUCGGUAAUCCAUUUUUUCAUUUCAAAAUAAAUUAUUAAUUUAUUUCGAAGUUCAAUAUCAUUAUUCUGAAAUCUUGUCAAAUUUAAUAAUGGCUUUAACGCAAGAUCUGCCUUCCGAUUCUGGUGGUCGUGUCAAGGGCGUGACUAUUGUAAAGCCAAUUGUGUUCGGAAACUAUGCGCGCUACUUCGGCAAGAAACGCGAGGAGGACGGGCACACGCAUGAGUGGACAGUCUACCUGAAGCCCUACCUCAACGAGGACAUAUCCAAGUAUGUGCGCAAAGUUCACUUCAAACUGCACGACAGCUAUUCCACGCCGAACCGAAUCAUCACCAAGCCUCCCUUCGAGGUGGCCGAGACUGGCUGGGGAGAGUUCGAAAUAUCCAUUAAGAUUUAUUUCCAUGAUCCCAAUGAGAGACCGGUAAACUUGUAUCACAUACUGAAGCUGUUCCAAGGCGGUGAAGUGGCGAACGCGGCCGCUCUGGGCAAGCACACGAUUGUAUCCGAGUCCUACGAGGAGCUGAUCUUUCAGGAGCCGACGCAGACCAUGCUUGGCGCCCUCGCCCAGCAGCCACCGCUGACCACCACUCCAUACAUCCACCACACUAACUUUGAGGAUAAGAAGGAAAAGACACUAGCCAGCAUUCUUGUGGCGAAAAACAAGAUACGUCGCGAAAUCAACGAAUGCAAGGAUAAAUUGAAACUGGCCAAAGAGACAAUUUCAAAAUUCAAAUCUGAAAUAGCGAAACAACAAUUAAAGAAUGCCGCUACCAGUGGUGUGGUUUGACAGGACAAAGUGAAAUAGUUUGCUAAUCACAAAUUGAUUAAUUCAUCAAUAAGUGAUUAGAAACAAAGUGGACAGCAAUCAAGAGAAUAAACAGAAGUAAGUGUUUUUAUAAUGCAAUUUUAGUUUUGCAGUAGGCUUAUUUCUAUCGUUUUAUUUCUUAGUUUAAUAAAAUUUGUACGGUAUGUAAAUAUGUCUUUCGAAUAAAUAAAAUAUUUAUAUUUUUCUACA